CAGCCAUUCUGAAAUUGUUAAAAUUCUAAAAGGAUUAAAAAAAAUCAUAGUCCAAAUUAGAAAUUUUUCUUGAUAUUUCGUGGAUAGAAAGCCGAUUGUGAGCCGUUGGAUAGCGCGAACCUAUUCAAGUCGAGCCAAGCGAUCGAGUUAUCGCGAAUAUAUAUAAGAUACUAAUACUAUUGGAGGAGAAUUUACGCCGCUCGGCGGUUAGACGGGCGACGUGAAUCGUUUUGGAGUUUUCAAGACCUUUUGUAAUUUCUGUUCUCUAAAGUAUCACAAUUUGUGAUAUCAAUUGGCACUUUUAUAAUAUCUGGAAAAUUCAAGCAGCGGAUUUUGAACUUUGACCUGUGCUCGUCGCAUCUAAUACAUUCAAAUUGUAAAGCGUGAAGAAAACUCACAUAUUGGCAAGGAUCAGUUCCGAAAACUAACGUCUUAACUAACGCCGGGAACACUCGCAUGCAAAAUGAAUAAGUUUGUUUCCCAAAACCUGGGUCGCGAUUCAUAUCGGACCUUCAACCCGGAAUUGUACUCGUUAUCAAGCCCAUUGGGACCGCAUGGAACUGAAAUGGCGGAAGGUAAUGGCGAACUGUUAGAUGACAUUAACCAGAAAGCCGAUGACCGUGGCGAUGGCGAGCGUACAGAGGACUAUCCCAAGCUGCUGGAAUACGGUCUGGACAAGAAGGUCGCUGGCAAACUGGAUGAGAUCUACAAAACUGGCAAGUUGGCUCACGCCGAGCUGGACGAGCGCGCCCUGGAUGCGCUCAAGGAGUUUCCCGUCGAUGGUGCCUUGAAUGUGUUGGGACAGUUCCUGGAAUCGAACCUGGAGCACGUGUCAAACAAGUCCGCCUACCUAUGCGGCGUGAUGAAGACGUACCGCCAGAAGAGUCGAGCCAGCCAACAGGGAGUGGCAGCGCCCGCAACUGUCAAAGGUCCCGACGAGGACAAGAUCAAGAAAAUCCUCGAGCGCACCGGCUACACAUUAGAUGUGACGACAGGUCAGCGUAAAUACGGCGGACCGCCACCUCAUUGGGAGGGAAAUGUGCCAGGCAACGGUUGCGAAGUUUUCUGCGGCAAGAUACCCAAGGACAUGUACGAGGACGAACUGAUUCCGCUUUUCGAGAACUGCGGCAUAAUCUGGGACCUACGCCUCAUGAUGGACCCGAUGACGGGCACAAAUCGUGGUUAUGCAUUUGUCACAUUCACAAAUCGCGAAGCGGCCGUCAAUGCAGUGCGACAGCUCGAUAAUCACGAAAUAAAACCCGGCAAGUGUCUAAAAAUAAAUAUAAGCGUACCGAAUCUGCGCCUUUUCGUAGGCAAUAUUCCCAAGUCAAAGGGCAAAGAUGAAAUUUUAGAGGAAUUUGGUAAACUUACAGCUGGCCUAUACGAGGUAAUCAUAUACAGUUCGCCAGAUGAUAAGAAAAAGAAUCGCGGCUUUUGCUUUCUUGAGUACGAGUCACACAAGGCGGCGUCUUUGGCCAAACGAAGACUUGGCACAGGAAGAAUUAAGGUUUGGGGAUGUGAUAUAAUAGUCGACUGGGCCGAUCCACAGGAGGAGCCGGAUGAGCAAACUAUGUCCAAGGUUAAAGUUCUUUAUGUGCGAAAUCUGACCCAGGACGUCUCAGAGGAUAAACUGAAGGAACAAUUUGAGCAAUACGGAAAAGUGGAGCGCGUUAAGAAAAUUAAAGACUAUGCCUUUAUACAUUUUGAGGAUCGUGAUAGCGCCGUCGAAGCUAUGCGUGGCCUUAAUGGCAAGGAGAUCGGCGCCUCGAAUAUUGAGGUCUCUCUAGCCAAACCCCCCUCGGACAAAAAGAAAAAGGAGGAGAUUCUGCGUGCUCGUGAGCGCCGCAUGAUGCAAAUGAUGCAAGCGCGUCCCGGGAUCGUGGGAUUUGAAACCUUGUCUCCAUACAGAAACCUGUCGCCGACACAUCCUAGCAUAAUGUCCUUGACGCCCAUGCGCCCAGGGGCGCGCAUGCCGCUGCGUACGCCGAUACCUCGCGAAUACGACUACUUUUACGACUUCUUCGGUUUCUCGGACUAUCGCCAAGGGUACUUUGGCAACAAUGAGUCCUACUACGAUGACAUGUACCGCUCUUUUGAUGGGGAUUACAACUACUAUGAUUACCCGAACGGUGGCGGCGGGGGCAGCGGGGGAGGAGCAGGAGGUAGUGCAUCCGGCGGUACGGUGCCUCCGCUCUCGGCCGGCGGCUCCCAGAAUUCACCGCUGGCUAGUGGACAGCGAUCGGCCAGAGGAUCGGCCAGUGGUCCCAGUGCUUCCCCGAGCCUUAUGGGAGUUGGUCGUGGGCAUGGAAUCACAGUACCGCGUGGCAGAGUCGUUGGCCAACGUGGCAGCAUCAGUCGUCUGGGGGCCCAAACAGUGCCACAGGCGGCGGCAGCGGCAGCGGCGGCGGGACAGGCGGCGGCGGCGGUAGCUCAGCGGGGGGCCACCGGUCAGGGGGCGCCGGCAGCAACCGGGGGGGUCCGUGGGGUGGUGCCAACGCGUCCCAGCGCUCGUGGCACCCAGCACGUCAAGCCGCUACAAAAUUUACCAGUAGUCGGUAAACGUAAGUUCGAUGGAGGUCACCAAAAUCCAGCAGAUGUUAAGCGACGUUACCCGAGCGGUUUAAUAGGAAAUGGCGGCAGUUGGGGCAGUUUACCGCUACCACAGCAACCUUUAGGCACCAAUGGUGAACAGUGGUACAUGGAUACGUUUUCGGCAUGGAGUUAAAACCACACAGCAACCCAAUUGAAUCAGUAAAAGCAUCAUUAACGGCAACUACAACAACAACAGCAACCACACAAGGAAGUUACAGCCAUAAAAAAAAAGAAAUAACAAUAUUCUCCGAGCGACAUCCUGGAGAAGAAUCGAAUCCUUCGCGUCAUAGUAAAAAACACAUAGCAACCGUUCUUAAGAGCAAUAAAUUUAAUUUCCAGAAACAAUAUAUAAGGCAUAAGAACCGCAAUUAGCAACAAUUGAAAAGCAUUGUUAAAGAGACUCGUUUCGAACUUAGUUCUUUAGCUAUGAACGCCGUAGAUUUCGUCCCUCAAAAUAACCAUAAAUCAAGUCAAGAAAUCAGCAAUAGCAGCAACAAAAAUAUGUCGAGUAGUAUAUGUAUUGUAUUGUAUGUAAUCACUAAAUAGCCCUUGCAGCAGAGCAUUUUAAACGAAAUCCUUUGAUUUAGCGAAACCACAAUUUAGCAGAUUCUCCCGAGACAUUUUUAAAAAGCGUCAGCCUCACCACUUAGAUAAGCCAAAGUCAAAUCGUUUUAAAAGUUCACAAGUGUAUAAGGAAAUUUGUCUCAUAGCGUUUUUAACUCGAAAUUGAAACAAUAAUUGAGCAUAUAUAGCAAAACCUAUACGAAAAUUUCAAAGUAUAAAAUAUAUUUAUCUAUAACUAUAUAGAGAGAGCAGUCUAAGCCCGUACAGAUUGAUUUUAAAUCUUAAGCAGCAUGUAGCACCCUUUUAUACAUUGAAAAAAAAGAAAAACAAUACGAAAGCAGGCAAAUUCAAAAUCAAUUCGACUCGAUGACAUUUUACUACAUUUAUAUGCGUACUGGAAAAUUGCGAGCGCUGAAGCAAGAUACAUAUUUGAAAACACAUAUAGACAGACGAGAUCGAGAUGGAGAUCAGGCUCAGAGGCGCGUUUAAAAGCAAAGCUUAGUGAGGAACAUUGACUGACAAAGUAAAAAGUAAACAAAAACAACAAAUUAUUAAUUAGAUGGAAUGUGAACGAUAAGCAAAUACAAAAAUUAAAACGCAGCCAGCAUUGUUAUACAAUGCGACUGGCGACGGCAACUGGCAAGACUUUCUGCAUAAAUUUGAAAACCGACUAUUUUUUAACAACGUAAGUUUUAGGCAACUUCGAAAAUCAAUUAUCUGUCGCAAGUAAACAAAAGAUACGAUACGUAGAGCUAAGUAUUGCACACAUACAAACAAAACUACACCUAAACUCACUGAUAAUACUGAUAACUGAUAGGGCAGAUCAAAAUCGCAAAUCAACACAAUGUGACUAAUGUCUGCGAAUCGAAGCAACGAAUUAGGAUGACGGAGUAGACAAAACACACACACAUCACGAACCAGUAAAAUAACAAACCUAAAGUAAAUUGAUUAUAAAUUUUAACAACACUAACGCAUACUUAAUAUUAACACGUGAGAACUAAAAAUCAUAAAAUCCAAUAAAAUAAAAUUAGCCAACGCUCAAGUGCGAAUUAGCAGAAGACCUAAAACAGCUAGGAAUUCAAUUAAAGUCCUCUUAACUAAUAUCAAAUUCAGAUUAAACUCUUUUCCCACUUUCCUUUACUCAUCUAUAACUGGCUACGCACACAGAAAACACUAAGGAUUAACUAAAAAUAUAUCAAGCUGACUUGCAAACUUAAACUAGCUCCAUGCCUAAAAAAUUAAAGCCACACACGUGUCAAAAUACGUUUAUAAUCGUCGUAUAGGGAAAAUUAUUGAAACAAACUUGCCCGUUUUCUGUUCUAUUUUGCAAAAUUUCGACAACAAAAUUGUUUGGUUGAAGAACGAAGAACCCUGUCGUUUACGUUUCCGCUAUUGCUAGAUCUCAAGUAAAGCAAAAAGUUAAUUAAUAUAUAUAAAUGUAAAAAACAAAAUAUAUAAAUUAGUUUUAAACUAACGAAAGAAUACUUCCAAUUUUGAACUCAAGUAUAAAGCAAAAUACAAACUGUUGGCAGUUAAUGAAGACGCGUGUGUUUUAAAACGUAUCUAUGAACAUUGUUCAGCAUAAGCCUAAAACAAUAACUUUUUUAAAUUUAAAUUACACAGACACAGACACACAAAAACAUACACACCAAACAGUUGCCUAAAGUAAAAAACAAAAAUAAAACAAACGAAAACAAAAUGAAAUGAAUUAAAUAAUGAAUUAAAACUUGCGCAAAAUUUGCCAACCAGCAAAGAACUUUAAAUACAUAAUAUUAGCCGCAAACAAUAAGAGAAUAUAUACAACAAAUUCUAAAUGACCAUAGUUAAGCUUAAAUUUAGUAACACAUACAUACACACACUCACACACACAUAUACACAUAAUUAUUAAAGUAAAGUAAACUGUCGUUGUAGGGGAUGAUGAGAAGUGUGCGCCAUUUUCUAACUACAAUAACAAGAGACAAAUUACUAAAAUUAACUACUUACCCAUUUUUUAUGUUUGAUAAGUUUCCUUACGAGUUUCCUUGAAUAUUUUACCUUUUUUUUUGAGAGAGAGCAUUUCACGCAACUGCAAUUGAUUGUUGCCUUCGAAAAAGAAACGGAGAAGUAAUUUUAAAACUUUAAUCAUUUUUUUCUUAAACACACACAAACACAGCAGAUAAAUUAAUUUAAUAAGAAAGUGAAUUAUGAAAAUUCUACAACGCCGCGUCUUUUUGCAUGCAAAAUUUUCGACUUUCGCCCUGGAAAUUUCCACAUUUGGUGACUUAAAACCUUUGAACCCAAUUCAAAUUGCAAAUAUAUAAAUAUAAUUAAUUUUAACGAUUUGUUUAAUUCGAUAACUGUACUGAUUUUAUAUUGUUUUAAAUUUGUAAUUUAAUUUGUAAGUUUUUAUUGUUAAUGUGUUUUUUCUAUUGUAAACUAAAACUAAACUAAAUCUAUAACCCAAUUGGCAAAUUGUUACACAAUCCGUUCAAGUUUACCGAUUUCGAUUCGAAAAAAUGGAGUGCGAAAUUUUUUACCUAAAAUCAUGUGCCGUUAAUUAGAAACCUUUCUUUGGAAGCCCAAAUUUUCCUGCAAGACCAACCGCCCCUCCCUUUCCCUUGACCCAAUACCUCCCAAAACCCCUAAUUGUGUUAAAUAUUGUAAUUUGUAAUUUUUGUUUUAAUUUUUCGGGAAAGCAAAAACGUUUGGCAAAAUUAGUUUUUAAUUUGAAUAUUUAGUUUUGUUUGUGCGCUUAAGUUUUCAAUAGUAUGUUAUAUAUAUUAAACUAUGAAUAUUAAUUUUUAGCAAAAUAUUUUUACGACCUAACAUAAAUCACUAAUGUUAAAUACUUAAAGAACUAAUUUGUUUAGCUGUUUAAUUGGUUUAAAAUCUUUGUGUAUUGUGAAGAGGAGCGCAAGCAAAAUUAUCUUUCAUCUAACAACAAUAACAAUACAAUACCAAUAACAAUAACAAUAAUUGUAUACGUGUGUAAAUUUCAACCUUUAACAAAAGCAACACAAUACUGAAUAUACAUAAAUAAACAGAAUUAAAGUCGAGAGGAAUCAUGAAAGAAAGAAAAGAAAGCAAGGUGGACAACAAAUUGCAAACUGCGCAUGGAAACUGAGCGAAAAAAAUGAAAAACUUUACAUGAAUUGUGAUGAUGCAAAGGCAAGAUUUAAUCAUAAUUACUAAAUCUAUAUAUACAGUAUAUAUAUAUAUCUUUCUCUAUAAAUAUAUAUAUUUGAGUAUAUAAUGUAUAUGUAGGCGUAGGAGUGUAUAAUCUAACUUUACUUUUAAACAGACUGCGUACGUAUUAAAAAUUUUUAAAAUUAAUUUGUGUAAAAUGUUUUAAGUUUUGAAAAAUUGGCAAAUAAAGAAAACAAUAAAAAUUAAUAAAUCAAAAACACGAUUGUAUUGUAAAUUGAAAUAUACACACCAUUUCGACCUAUUCCAAAUUAUUCCUAUUCCAAACCUUUUCAGCAAACUAAAUCGUUUCAUGUAUAUUUCAAGAAUCGGCUUAAUCAAGCGCACCUGUUUAUAAAGAAAGAUGAAGGACAGUGGCAGUGGAUGCAAGGAUCCGAUACCUUUGGAAUGUUUCCAAGAUUGUUUCUUCUUGAUACACAAAAUAGGGAAAAAAAGCACUCGAUUUGAUUUGCAUGAAGACAAUAUCUGUCUGUUUCAGGCAUACUUGCACACACGUUAGGAUUACUUGCGUAGACCAUUUUUGUUUUACUUUAAAUUUAUAGUUUGUGUGUGUUUUCUUGCUCUUUUAAUUACAUAUACCUAUAACCAAUUAUACUUGAUUGAUUUGAUUUUAAACCCCUUUUAUAAACUACCAAUUGAUAUACAACAUCACAAAACAUUUGCAUACACAUACCACACGUAUGAAAGGGAUUCAUAAACCGUGAACGUAACGUCGCCAAUUAUUACGAGAUAAAAACAAAUGGAAAUUUAAUAAUAAAAAUAAACAAUCAGAGUUCAUCGUAGAGGAAGGCCGAAUGUGAGAAAAAUGGGAGAACAACUUUUACGUCUUAAUAAACAAUUAUUGUUAACGAAGAAAAUAAAUGAAAAGAAGCAUAUUGUACUAAAAUAUUUGAUAUA